AUGGAGGUCUCAAAACGUGUGCCUAUGGCGAGGAAAGAGGUUGGGUCCAAGGGAGAGCCCAGACAACUAUUAGCCAACCAUUUUGGAGUUUGCCUAGUCAAGCCCAAGGAUGAUAUUGAUGGCUACUUCUACCAUUAUGAUGUUGCCAUGAGUUAUGAAGAUGGGAACCCUGUUGAGGCCAAGGGUGUAGGGAGAAAGGUCUUAAAUCAAGUUUGUGAAACAUAUGUUGAACUGAGAAACAUGAGUUUUGCAUAUGAUGGUGAAAAAAGUCUAUUCACUCUUGGUCCUCUAGCAAGUCAGAGGCUUCAAUAUCCUGUUGUGUUGGAGGAUGUUUCAUCAAGGAGGGUUGGAAAGAAUGGAAACCCUGCUGAGAGUCCUAAGGGAGGAUAUACAAAAAGAAUGAGAAUUAGGCAUCAGUUUCGGCCAAAAACUAUCAACGUGGAUAUCAAAUAUGCAGCCAAAAUUCCAUUGCAAGCAAUUGAAGAUGCAUUGCGUGGUCGGGAUUCUGAGAAAUCUCAGGAAGCAGUGAGGGUUCUAGACAUCAUACUGAGACAGCAUUCUGCAAACCAGGGAUACCUCCUUGUUCGCCAAUCCUUCUUUCAUGACAAUCGAAGAACCUGUACUGAUAUAGGAGGUGGUGUGCAAGGGUGCCGCGGUUUUCAUUCAAGCUUUCGAGUCACACAAGGAGGUUUAUCUCUCAACAUGGAUGUGACAACCACAAUGAUUGUAAAGCCUGGCCCUGUGGUGGACUUCCUUCUCCAGAAUCAGAGUGUUCAGAACCCAAACUACAUUGAUUGGACCAAGGCAAAGAGAAUGCUGAAGAACCUAAGAAUCAGGGCUAAUGGUGUUGAGUUCAAAAUCUCUGGAUUGAGUGAUAACACUUGCAGGAAUCAGAAAUUUCUUUUAAGGCAAAAGGGUACGAAUGGUGAAGUGCAGGAAAGGGAAAUCACAGUUCAUGACUACUUUACACGCCAAAAACUGAUUGGCCUGAACUAUUCUGCUGACAUGCCAUGCAUCAAUGUUGGCAAACCAAAACGCCCGUCUUAUUUUCCAAUAGAGCUAUGUGAAAUGGUCUCGUUGCAGCGUUACACCAAGGCUCUAACAAAUUUGCAAAGGGCUCAGCUAGUGGAGAAGACAAGGCAAAAGCCCCAAGUUAGGAGACAAGCUUUGGAAGAUGCCUUAAGAAGCAGCAGAUAUGACGAUGAACCUAUGCUUCGCUCUUCUGGGAUUACCAUUGAACCUAACUUUGUUAGACUCGUUGGUCGUGUAUUGGAACCCCCAAAGCUUAUAGUUGGAGGAGAGAAGAGCAUCAUUCCCCGGAAUGGGCGCUGGAAUUUCAACAAUAAGAAACUAUAUGAACCUUUGAUGAUUGGUCGUUGGGCCAUUGUAAACUUCUCAAGUCGGUGUGACACAAGACUCCUGAUAGAACUCAUUAGGAGGUGUGCUGCAGCUAAAGGGAUGACCAUGAGCAAUAGUCUCUUUGAUAAAGUAAUUGAAGAGGAUGGUUGCUUCAUACGUGAACCACCAAAUGUCAGGGUAGAGAGAAUGUAUGCAAAGCUGAGGACCACUCUGCCGCACGAGAAACCUCACUUUCUGUUGUGUAUUCUUCCAGAGAAAAAGAAUUCUGACAUUUAUGGUCCUUGGAAGAAGAAAAGUCUUGUUGAAGAAGGGAUUGUAACACAAUGUAUUGCACCAACAAAGAUUAAUGAUCAAUACAUUACUAAUGUACUUUUGAAAAUUAAUGCAAAGUAUGGUGGGAUGAAUUCGUAUCUGUCAGUUGAGCUUUGUAAUUCCAUUCCAUUUGUUUCAGCUGUACCAACCUUGAUUCUUGGUAUGGACGUUUCUCAUGGAUCUCCUGGUCGAUCAGAUGUGCCCUCUAUUGCUGCGGUUGUGAGCUCAAGAUGUUGGCCUCAAAUUUCACGUUAUAGAGCUUCAGUUCGCACACAAUCAUCAAAAGUUGAGAUGAUUCAAUCUCUAUUCAAGCCUGUGGCUAAUACUAAUAAGGAUGAAGGUAUCAUCAGGGAGGUGCUGUUGGACUUUGAAAUUACUUCAUUCAAAAGAAAGCCUCAACAAAUUAUAAUUUUCAGGGAUGGAGUGAGUGAAUCACAGUUCAACCAGGUGCUCAAUAUUGAGUUAAGUCAAAUCAUUGAGGCAUGCAAACACCUUGAUGAAAAAUGGGAUCCAAAGUUCACUUUGAUUAUUGCCCAGAAGAAUCAUCAUACUAGGUUCUUUCAGGCCAAUGCUAGAGAUCAAACUAAUGUUCCACCAGGAACCGUUAUUGACAACACUGUCUGUCAUCCCAAAAACAAUGACUUCUACUUGUGUGCUCAAGCUGGGAUGAUUGGGACAACUCGACCUACUCACUACCAUGUUUUACACGAUGAAAUCGGAUUCUCAGCUGAUGAAGUGCAAGAAUUAGUGCAUUCAUUGUCUUAUACGUAUCAGAGGAGCACAACUGCUGUAUCAUUAGUCGCUCCCAUUUGCUAUGCCCACUUGGCAGCAGCCCAGAUGGCACAAUUUAUGAAGUUUGAUGAACAUUCUGAGACUUCUUCAACCCAUGGUGGACUCACAUCUGCUAGCGCACCUUUAGUACCUCAAUUACCACGUCUUCACAAACAAGUCAUCAACUCCAUGUUCUUUUGUUAAUAUUUUACAUCAUCUUCCUUCCACAAAAAUUUAAUUAUAAAUUUGACUUUUCUGCUGUCCCUCUCUUUUGAAGCUGUUCUCGUACUACUCAUUCAAAAAGAUAGCAUUUUAAGAGUUAUGUUAUAUUUAAUUGUAAAAAUAUUAACAUAACUCUCAAAAACGUCAUGUCGAAGGAACAGCUUGGACAGGGACCAGAGAGAAGCCAAUUUUUCAUAUGAAUGCCUGUCAUUAGGAACUAUCUAGGAUUGUUUAAAAUCGAAUCAAAUCGAGUGUAAAACUGAAAAUUGAUCCAAGAAAUCAAUGGUGAUUGAUUUGGUUUAA